AUGUCCGACGCCGUCGCCGCGCGUCUCGCCGCGAUUCGCGCCGAGGCGAACGCACGCCGCGGUCGCGAUCGCGCGCCGUCGCUCGAGACCGACGCGGACGCGACGACGCGCGAGGAUGUCUCAUCAAUCGCCCACGCAGAUUUCAAAGCUCGAGACGAUGGACGCGGUCCGGACGCGCCGUCGUCGACCGCGGACGCGCACGCGAGGGACGACCGCGACGACGCGGUGCGUCGAGCGGUGAACGAGGCGAUCGAGCGGGAACAGAUCAAGACGGCGAAGAUGAUUGAGGCGUUGAGAGAAAGCGGAGAGGACGCGAACGGCGACGCGCUCGAGCGACGCGCGAGAGAGGCGGAGCGAAUGAUGGGAUUGGAAGCGGCGAGACACGCGACGGCGAUGGAAAACGCGCAGAGAGAGAUGGAAGAGCUGCGAGCGGAGCGGGAUCGGAACGCGAAGGAGCUGAAGAAACUUCGCGCGCACCUCUUGGCGCUGGAGGAUGAGGAGGACGAGGUCGCGGAGGAGCAAGAACGGGAAAUCGACGAGGCGAGGGAGGAAGAGCGGCGAGAGUACGAACGUAAGCUGAGUGAAUUGAAGAAGAAUAUGAGUGGGAACGACGCCGAGGUGGCGAAGCUGCGGGCGACGCUCGAGGCGCGGGAUGAGGAGGUGAACAAUUUGCAAAAGGCGCUCGGCGCGUAUUACGCCGAACUCGAAGACGCGGAGACGCGACGAGCCGAAGCGGCGAUUCUGCGACAAAAGGUGGCGAGUUUAACGUCACAAGCGGCGAGCGAUCGCGCGGCGUGCGCGGAGGCCAAGACGCGGGCGACUGAGGCAGAGGAGCGGCUCAAGAAGUUUGAGGCGCACUUGAACAUUGCCAAGGAGGAGUGCAUCAAGGCCACCACAGACGCGAGCAAGCUCAGGAAAGCGCUCCAUCACGCGCUUCAAAAGAGCAGCGAUAUGAUGGUGGAGAGCGAAAAAUUGUUGGACAAGCGCAUCGUGAGCGAUUUGUUCAUCGCCUACCUCGAGCGCAAACAGGCGGAGGACGUUCUCAACUUACUGGCAAAGAUGCUCGGCUUUUCGGAAAAGCAAAAGGCGAGAAUGGAGGCUCUGAAAAAUCAGAAUAAAAAGAGGGGCGUUCUCGGAAAGAUCGCGAGAGCACCCGUGAGCAUCGCAGCGGGCGCCAUAGGCGUCGCGCUGGAAGUCACGGGGGCAACGGGUCAGAACAGGGAAGUACCCGUCGCGGAUCUAUGGGUUUCCUUUCUGGAAAAGCAAGUCGCCGAUGACGAGGGAACGGACGAGAACAAAGCGCCGAUUCCAACAUCAAGCGAACUCAUAUCAGCCGCGAAUGAGUUGUAG